GUUCUCUUCAUCUACAUGUCGUAACCAAUCUGUUGUCUUAAAGCUUAACUAGAUUUUGACCCGCGCUUUAUAUCAUUUUUAUAAAUGUCUAAUUACAUAAAUACUUUCAUUAUUAUAAUAUAUUGAUGAUAUAUGUUGUUUAUUUGAAGAUCAAAAUGUGUUACUCACUUACUUUAUACCGUUCUUACUGGACUGACAUCGGUUUGGACCAUGUUCUUACGAUAUAUUUUUAUCAUAGUCUAAAUUUAAUAUUUGAUUUUAUAAAUAUUUAUCGUGUGUUUAUUGUAAAAUAACACAGAGUUUUAUAAAUACAUGAUAAUUUCUAAUAAUAUAAGUUUUAAAAUUUUGUGCUCGAUUUAUUUAUAUUUGAAGUUUUUAAAAGAUAUGUGUAAAUUAUUUAUAUAUUUAAUUGUUAGUUGGAAAAAGAAAAUUUAAUAGUUAUUUUAUAUGUUUAAACAUGAAUUUUUAGAAAAUAGUAAUUAUGUUUUUGUAUUGGGCUCAAAUAUGUUUAUACAUGUUAAGUUUUAGAAAUUAUCAGACGUAAGAGCCCGUAUGAAAAAAGAUUAAUCAGCGUAUUGGGCUCAAAUAAUGUUUUCGUAAACUUGACCCACCCAAGUCGAGUACUUGGUCAUUUUUUUUGUUGGCCAAUUUAGUACUUGGUCGUAAAGACCGUUUACGUGUUGAAAUAAAAGAACAGAAAGGAAAGAAAGAUAAAAAAAGGACAGAUUCUUAACCGAUGAUCAAAUCGUUCCCCAUGGUGAAAAUCAAAGAUAGUCGACUAUUGCCUGAGUAAAUAACAACUCAGAAACUCGAAAUCAAAAGAUCGUAACAUGCAGAUGAAUCUGUUCUUAGAUCUGAAAUAUUAUGAAAGGGAACAGACGAUUACCAUGCUAUCAUCAUACGUCGGGGAUUCUGCAUAAAUCUGAAGAAACCUGAUGGAAACCACGAGCAAGAACAGUGGUGGAUUCAUUGUCUGCUCCGGCUGCAAGAGAGGAAAGGAUAUAUAAUACUACAACCGUGAAAGAUAAGUUCCUUUAAACAAUUGUAAAAAGAACUAUUUAUUUAAAUAGAAAGUUCUUAGACUUUUAGUCUGAUAUAUUCUGUUGUAAUAAGUAGACAGUAACAAACGCUUACAUUCUCAUCAGCCAAGAUGAAUUUUAUGGUUUCCCUUGAUAGUUGUAUGUUUUGUUUUCAAGAGUGUAGAACCUUCACAUGAAUAAACCAUGUAUUUUUCGAGGGACUCAAGUCUUUAAUGACAGUAACUUUUUCGUAGAAGUUUUCGUCGUUUGAAUUUGCAUGUUUGAAGCCAUAGUUUGUUUGACGGUGUGGGUUUGAAUAGGAAUAGGGCGUUGCCUAUUUAUAAUAAUAUCUAUAUGUUAAAGGGAGAGGUGCUUAGGUUAUAGGAGAAACUUGGGGAAUACUCUAAAUCGUAUCUAACCAGAUUGUGUAAACUUUAUUUUCGAUAUCAUUUAUGAUUACUAUUAGGCAAAUUCGGUUACCAAUUUCAAACCUAAGAUAUUUUCUGUGUGUUCGUCACAUUAAUUUUACUUCAAUCGUAUAAUCUUGUUAGUGAUUGAGCACCGUGAUUUUAGUUUAGUUAUAUUAGGGACCGUGAUUUUAGUUAAAUCGUAAAUUCUUGUUUCUAUAUAUUCUGUUUUAAAUUUAUUGUAAGCAAAUACGCAAAAAAAAAGGAAUGAGUUAGAGAAUAUACUUGGAAUUGAUUUAGUUUCAAAGGGAAAUUAAAUUAGUGGCUGUUUAAAAGUUCAAUACAAUUAUAAAACCAAAUUAUAUAGAACUUUAGAAAUCCACAAUUUGUUAAAUUCAGAAUAUACUGUAACACCUUUGGUUGAAAAUCGAUAUUCAUAUUUUUUGGGAUUAUUAAAGUGAUAAUACAAUGUAAAUAAUUUAUUUUAUCGACUUCAUAAAUUAAAUUUUAAAUAAGUUGGAAUGAACUCCAAUGUAAUUUGUACAUCGGUAAAAUUUUCUUACAUACGUUAUAGACGAAUGGUUCAUGGGCUUAAUAAGUUGGGUUUACACUUCACACGAAAUAGGCUAAAAUUGUUGGGCUGAAAUGGUGGUGAUAUUUUGAUUGGUCAAGCUUACUCUUGUUUCUGAUUGGUCGAGUUAUAAAUGGUCGUAAUUCAUUUUUUUUAAAAGAAAGGAAGUGGCAUUCCCUUGUAAUUAACUUGAAAAACUAAGGGCAGAAUCCUAGUAAAGAUUCUGUUUUAAUAGUAUAGAUUGAUAGAUUGAAUGUUUGGAGGAUGAAAAGGGUUAGCUCAAGACUAAUUAAUUAUAUAGCACAACUGAUAACGUUAUAAAUGAACGAGCCCAUUGCAUAUUUAGCCCAGUCGAUUUUAAUAUAAAAUGUGAUGGAAAAACUCUCGAGCAUGGCUAGAUUAUAUUCAAGACCUAAAAGAAGCACCAAAUCCAAAGUAGAGCAGCCACCCCCGAAGAAGAAGAAGGAGGAGAUGAAUACUACUACAGUCUCCACCAGGGCUAGCUUAUGUUCAAGACCUAUAAGAAGCACCAAAUUAGAGCAACCGCCGCAGAAGAAGAAGAAGGAGAGGAAUAGUAGUAGUGCAGGAUGGUUUUCACUACAACUAAUUCCAGAUGAGAUCGUUUUGAAUUGUAUAGCACGCAUCUCUAAAUCUCAGUACCGUUCACUCUCCUUAGUCUCCAAGACCUUCCGCUCUCUCAUCUCUUCCCCAGAGCUCUACAGGGUUCGCUCCCUGAUCGGAAACACAGAGCCUUGCCUCUGCAUACGCCAAGAGUUACCCACUCAUGAUCGCUGGUACAUUCUUGACCAAACUCUGGUAACUAGUACCAACAGUAAUGGUUUGAUUAAGGAUGAGUUUAACUUAUUACCUAUCACCACUUCGUCCUCUUUAUCAAAGUCAACCACUUUAGCCGUCGGUUUCGAAGUCUACCAAAUGGGAGGCGACCAGCUGCCAUCAUCCACCGUUCGUGUGCUUGAUUUUAGGACUCGCACUUGGCGUGAUGCUCCUGAUAUGGGGGUAGCAAGGAAACGCCCCGAGUCUGCUCUUAUAGACGGCAAGAUAUAUGUAGUUGGAGGAGAAACAAAGGAGUCCUCCUCCUGGCCUGAGGUUUUUGACCUAAAGUCUCAGACUUGGAAUCCAUUGCCUAGCCUCAAUGAUGACGACAAAGCUGAGGUUCAGCUUCGUAUAGGAGAGCUAUUGGCCACCACAAGUAACCAUAAAAGGUAUGCGUUUGACUCCAAACAAGGAACAUGGAAGGAACAACUAGCCCUUAUGGAACCACUAGGGCUUUCUUAUAAUAGGAGUGGACCUUGGUGCAUUAUAGACAAUGUAAAGUUUAGUGUUUUUAAGCGCAAGCUUAUGUGGUCUGAGCGUGGAAACUGGUUCAGUGUCAAGGGUUUGAAAGAUGUGUGUACCAAGCCUCAUGUUAACCACCAUACAACAAUUCAGUUAGCUAACCAUGGUGGUGGAAGUAUCCUAGUUAUAUGGGACGAGCUACAUUCACUCGAGUUUCCAGUGGCCGGGAAGACGCGGAAACAUGUCUGCAAAAACAGGAGAAUUUGGUGUGCUGUGAUUAAGUUGGAGAAGCGCUUCUUCGGAUUGAAGUUUGAGGUUUGGGGGAAGGUUGUACGGUCGAAUGCUUUGCUUACAGUCCCCAAAUCAUUCAAGUUAUUAAGCUGUGUUACCCUUUAAUUUGCUCUUCAUUUUCUUUUUUUUUUACAUUGGUUUUAUUGUGAAUUUUGGAUAUUUAUUACGGAGUAUAUAGGCCUUACGUGCCUUCUUUCAUUUUGGUCACGAUAAUAAUAAUAUUUCUGUAGCCAAGGCUUUCUUGAUAACCAAGCAAAUUAUGUACUAAACAGCAGAUGGACAAGGACAGGUUACAAUUGGAUAUACAAACUAGCAUUGACCUUGGGCUUCUAUACUAUUUUCUGCUUUUCCUAUACAUACAUUAUUGUCAUCAUUCAAAACAUUCUCUUAUGUCUGUUUUCCUUUUAAAAGAUAGUCAUGUGAUAGGUAACAUAAAGUCCAUGAAAGUAUCUUGUCAACUGCCCCUAACUUUUUUGUACAGUUACACAACUCACACCUUUAACAUGAAAACAGGGGCUUUGUUAUGUUUGCGUUCAGAGUAUUGAGAAAAUGUAUGGACACUCAACAAUGGAAGUAGAGAUAAAUUUCUCCAAGAUGAUUUUUCAUCUUUCCAGAAUUUAGCCUGACAGGAAUUUUAAAGCAAUUUUCAGUUAAUAGCACACAAUCUGGGUCUUAUUUUCCAGAUAGGAUCCAAGAAGAGCUCUUUCAUCUGAAGUGAGCUUUUUCAUUUAGACACCAAAGGUGUUAAUAUCCAAAUGAUGAUAAGCGGAGGAAACUAUUGUGACAUGGUAUGACAUGAUUCUGCGGUAUUUUUGUUUCUGAAUUGCCUAGGAUACUGAUUUUGAUGAUUUUAGAACAUUCAGUUUCUUUUGAAGCCAUUGCUUCUUCUCAGUUUCUGUUUUGUUCUGUUCUGUUCUUUUCAAGGUUUACAACAAAAUCACAACUUUUAUCCUCCGUGUAACAGUAUAGAAUCAUCACUGUUUACAUACUCAGCCAGUCAGCCCUCGGUUUCUGUUCUUUUCAAGGUUUACCUUGUCGGUUUCUGUUCUGUUCUUACAGCUCUUCUCUUGGGUAUUUAUCGAAAACAAGAAAUAGAAAGAAAAACUCAAUGGUAUCGAUUUGAUGAAGGAACCUCAGCCUAAGCAAGAGUACCGUACAUUUUUGAAGUGUAAGUUUCUUUUCCUUACCUACAUUUUGUUAUGCUGCUUUAAUCAUCUUCACUUUUGCUUUUAAGUCUCAGUACGUUUAGGCUUCCGUCUUUCCCCACUAGUUACAUUCAGUUUUCGUUGGACUACUUCAACCUAGCUUAGUUUCUAUCUUGAGUUAGUAUUUCGUAGCUUCACCAUCUUUUGUUAAAAACAUAUAUCCUUUUGACAUGUAGGCUUUGCCGCUUUGGUCUGUUAGA